AUGAUUCACUCAGAAAUUGUGGGUGAGGAGGAGGAUGAGCUAACAUCUGUUGCAACGUGUUCCCGAAUCACUCCAGUGGAAGAGAGGAGGAGUAGCGUCUAUUUGACGAAAUAUGAAGUGGCACGCAUUGUUGGCGAGAGGGCACGUCAAAUUGUGAACGGUACCUCAAUGUUUUUGCACAAUCGAAGUAAUGCAGGUGAACGAAGUGCGUUGGAGUUGGCGGAGCGUUGUACUGAUCCACAUUCUUCCUUGGUAGACCCUGUUUUUAUUGCGAAAAAUGAUCUCUUGCAGGGAAGAAUACCCAUGAUAGUUCGAAGGACUUGGCCGGAUGGAAGAUCAGAAUAUAUCCCAGUUUCUGAGCUCCUUGUUGAUAAAGCUAUGCUAGAUCUACAAAAAUAA